UUUAGGAACUCUAGCGCUAACCACUGCAUAAACGAAUGCAUCCUAUUGUUCGUAUGAAUGUAUAUAUGAGAGGAAGAAAAAGAGGUUAUAUUAGAUUAUUAUAAAUUAAUCUUGAGAAUAUAUCCGCGAAAUGAUUUCUGCUUCCACUUUACAAAAAGUUAUAGUGACGUUUGUCGCUGGCAAAUUUCAUAAAUUUUGUUUUCGAACUAUAUAUAAAAGUUCCUAUUACAAUUCUAUAAAAAUUAAUGUGGUAAUGGAAAAUGAUAUGCCUAUUGAACUUGAAAAUCCCUAUAUAAAAGAAAAGCAACAAUGUAUUUUGUGUAAGUUGAACAUUGAACCAGAUUACAAGAAUAUAAGAUUACUUUCACAAUUUCAAAGUCGAUACACAGGCAGGAUAUAUGGAAGGCAUAUAACUGGGUUAUGCAAACACAAACAGAUGAGAUUGGAACAAGAAAUUGCAAAAGCUCAAAGUGCAGGUUUAUUGGGUUACUGGACCAAAGAACUGGAAUAUGUUAAAGAUCCAAAAUUAUUUGAUCCAAAUCAUCCAUUUAGACCACACAAGUACUAGAAUAGUAACAUCAUUGUUUAUAGAUCUAUGUGUAAGUGUGUAUAUGUACAUUUAUAUAUAAACACUUGAUAAACGAGAUGAUUAUAAUUUCAUUAGCAUUAAUAAACUGCUUUAUUCAACUAAAAAA